AUGGAUUGUAAAGAAUGGGCCUGUAACAAUAUAUAUACGCGAUGGGAUGGAAAAUGGAAUUGUCCGAAUGCAGCUGAUGAAGCGAUUUGUUCUGCUAAUCCAUGCUAUCCCGAUGGUCAUCUCUGCAUGUCACCGCACAGUAACAAUUUCACCUGUUUAUCUCUUGCUCGAAUUAAUGAUGGCCAUAUUGAUUGUAUAGGUGGCUACGAUGAGCAAUAUCGUUGUGGAAUUAAAUUAGGAUCCAAUCUGGAUAAAAAUUGUCGAUGUUUCAAUGAAACAAAUUGUAUUCAUAUUUAUCGAAUGUGUGAUUUAAACAUAGAUCACUGUUCUUCGAGCUAUGAUCGCGAUCUACGGUGUAUAAAAAACUCAAAUUCAUCAGCUUUGACAAACAAUAUCACCUUACGUCAAAGACCACGAAAUGCAAAUGAAAAAUCUUAUUGGAUUCAUCUAUCUUCGAGCCUUAGAAGAGAGCCUUAUGUCUAUUUCACCUUGAAAAAUCAUUUCGUCUAUUCUUCUGUUGAGAGCAUUACCAAUCACAACAAGUCGAGCGCAAUUACAACUGUACACAAUUUUUAUCCUAAUCACAAAGCUAAGAAGUUCUGUUGUGAAUAUAUAAACUCUUUGAUAAGCCAGAUUUGCAAUCGUGGAGUUCCUGUCUAUCAAAAUAAUUUAAAUGAAACCUCCUGCUUAUGUCCACCAGCCUAUUUCAGACAUCGAUGUCAAUAUCAAAGUGAACGAGUUGGUGUCACAUUACAAUUUGGAGUAAUUCAAUGCCGAACAGUAUUUACUUUUGUGAUCAUGCCUAUUGACGGGAAUACAACUAUUCAUUCGUCAGAACAAGUUGAUUAUUUGUCCGUACGUGAUUGUCGAAAAAAAUUUGACGUGUAUCUUCUCUAUUCAUCCCGACCAAAACAUAUCAAUCAAACAUUUUAUCUACGCAUCGAUAUCUAUGAUAAAGACAAAAUGGAAUAUUAUUUCUCAAUGUUCUAUCUUAUUCUAUAUUCAUUCUUACCAGUACAUCGUCUUUCAUUACAAAUCAAUGUUUCAAUGUUAGAUGUUACAGCCAAAUUGACGAUAUGUCCUCUGAAAUGUCUACAUGGAAGAUGUCAACGUUUUCUAAAUGUCGAUCAAUACUUCUGUCAAUGUUCUGAUGGCUAUUCUGAAGCUUUGUGUACAGUGAAGAAUGCAUGUUCCUGUUCAUCGGAUUCAAUCUGUGUUGGAGUUGUCAACAAUCGAUCAAUAUGCAUUUGUCCUCUUGAUAAAUUCGGACCGCGUUGUUAUCUAAAAAGAACAAUAUGCCUUUUCAACAACUGUUCGCAUGAUGGUCAAUGUAUUGCUCUUGAUGUAAAGUAUUCAGAAACAGAAUAUUUUUGUCUUUGUUCUCAAAGUUACAUGGGCUUAAGAUGUGAUGAUUCAUUAAGAAAAAUUGAAUUUCAUUUUGCUACAACAAUAGCCAUCCCACAAUCGAUUCUAAUUCAUUUUAUUUAUGUUCCAUCGAAGCCCAACUCUAAUUCUUCACUACCUCCUCCCGAUCCAAUACGAAGUACUCUUAUUUCAAAAUGGCUACUAUUUAAGUGGUCAGUAGAAUAA